UCUGUCAAAAUGGAGGGCUUGUCGUAAACAGGUUUGUGAUGUAAAGAUGACAUCCUCAAUUUUAAGACAAGGACAACACUACCUGGAAUGCGAUAUUUGUAAAAGUCCUGUAAACUUCAAAUGCAAAAGAUGUGCUGUUAAAUUAUGCAGUACAUGUGUGGGACCUCACAUGCUUACCAAACCUAAAAAUGGUCACGAUGUAACAGAAUAUCAUGAAGAAAACAGACCAGAUGUUGGAGAAUGCCUGUCACAUCCCCAGCAACAGUUUAGCGCUUUCUGCGAAACAUGCGAUAUUCCUAUUUGUGUCUUAUGUGUAUCAAUCAAACACAAGACACAUAAUAUAUGCGAGUUAUCCGAGAAAGUUGACACAUUAUCAGAUAUUAUCGCGAAGGAAAAUGAAAGACUGCACUCGAUGCGCUCAGAAUUUGAGAAAAUUUUCGAUCACAUAAGUAAAAGAACAGCAGCCCUUCCACAUAUUUACAAACAGUCAAAAGAUAACAUUUCAUCCCAUGCUAGAGAGCGGCAUCAGCAGAUUGAUAAAGCAGAGAAGGCAUUGCAUAGUGAUCUAGAUGAAUUACAAGAAAAGCAUGCAGAAGUUUUGUUGAAGCAGAAAAAAGAUUUCGGAGAAAUACUGAAGAAAUUGAAAAACCUGAAACAAACAGUCUUCAGCCUGGCCAAAUCCAAAGACGUCUCCGGUUUAAUGGAAUUAAAGCAUGAACUUGAAAAUCUACAGGUGCCAACCUUUAUAGAAGAAACACGCCCCGCAUUUUUUCAAUCCUUGAAGUUUAAUGAGAGCUAUACAACAUCUUACUUCGGUUACAUAGAGACACUAGAAUCACACAAACUGCCUAUUGACGAUCUAAAGCAACAAGAUCAAACCUAUUCAUCACGCCAAGCUCUAGAUGUACCUACAGUUCUGUCCUCCUUUGAUACAGAGUUCCCAGCUAGCAAGAUAAACAAUCGGCUGUAUGACAUGGUUCCCCUCGGUGAUAACAGAGUAUGGACAGGAGGAGAAAGUCUUAAGCUCAAGCUGUUUGAUCUCCAGGGACGUCUACACGAUACUGUCACCAUCACGUAUGGCGGUAUGUAUCUAACCCUUCAUGAUGGACACGUGGUGUACUCUGAUAUAACGAACAAGACUUUGAAGAAGGUUAUAAACGGUAAAGUAGAUACAUUGUUCAGUACCGGGGAGUGGAAACCUUUCGGUAUCACCUGUACCGCGGCACGUGACUUCCUGGUCUGUCUCCGGACAACAGAUCAAACAGCGUCCAAGGUCGUAAGAUACAGCAGUUCCGGUGAUGUGCUACAGGAAAUCCAGUACGACUCCGAGUACCAGCCUCUGUUUGGAAAAACAAACUACGUGGUGGAGAAUGGAAACGGCGACAUUUGUGUAGCUGAUUACGAUAAAAAAGUCAUGAUAGUCGUUGACAAGUUCGGGAUUUUUAGGUUCUCCUACACAGGGAAUAAAGAAUCAAAAGAGGAAUUCCAAGCAACCUCCUUGACAACAGACAGCAUGCAUCACAUCAUCAUCACGGACUUUCUCCACAACAAGAUUCACAUGCUGGACAGGGACGGCCGAUUCCUGAGGUACAUCAUUCCUGAUCAGGGGAUACGGGAUCCACGGGCCGUGUGUGUCGUUAGGGAGGGGGAGUUAAUGGUGGGGGAGUGCAAAACGGGAAUGAUAAAAAGAAUACAGUACCUAAAAUAAGGAGGGGUCUUAUGAUAAUAUUUCUAAUUCCAAUGUCAUACAUAUAUUUCAAUACUAGUACCUCAAUUAAUUGAAAAAAAUUCUCUUACAAACAAAUAUCCACAUAAGGCAUACAUCACUUAUCUAGAAAUUCGAAUUUCUUCUCUUUUGAUAUUUCAAAUCUACAUCUCUUUUAAUUUUUUUGUGUUCGACCCCACUGAAAGUGACAAGAUAAACAAUAAAUUGAUUGCAUUCCAACGAAUGUUUUUUUAAAUUUAUGUAGCGCACACACACA